AUGGGUUCCAACCAGUCACGACCGUCAGAUGCAGCUGUUAAUGAGAAGUUGAUGGAACGACUCCAGGCCCUCCACGUGAAAGAUGAACGGCCUAUGAAUGAGAAGGACGGAUUUGUCGUUGUUGGUGGAGAAGCUCCACCAACCUACAAUCCUGGCGUCAAGUACCAACAAGAUGUAUCUGCCGCGUCAGUGUCAGAGUGGGAGAAGGAGCUCAUGGAAGACCCAAAGAACCGCCUCGCCCUUGCAGCCCUUAGCUCCAACUCCGCCAACGCCGUACUCUCAUCUCGAUCAGCUGUCAUCGCAGACACCCAGAAAUUCAACAUCAAGAUCCCUACGGAAGGUUCGCCCGUCACAAACCAAGCCUCAUCCGGAAGAUGCUGGCUCUUCGCAUCCACCAACGUCUUCCGUGUCGCCAUUAUGAAGAAGUACAAGCUAUCCGAAUUCCAGCUAUCACAGGCUUAUCUCUUCUACUGGGACAAGAUCGAGAAGGCAAACUACUUCCUCGAGAGCAUACUCGAUACGAAAGACGAGGAGAUUGACAGUCGGAUCAUACAGGCACUGAUGGCUAGCCCCGUCGGUGACGGCGGACAAUGGGAUAUGGUGGCCAAUCUCGUGCAGAAGUAUGGUCUUGUACCGCACUCACUAUACCCAGACUCGUUCAAUGCGUCCAACUCGUCGACUAUGGACCGCCUGAUUACCACCAAGCUGCGCGAAGAUGCGGUUCGUCUACGUUCUAUUGCACGCAGCAACGCUACACCAGACGCUAUCAAGGCGACCAUUGCUGGAGAGAAGGAGAAGAUGCUGCGUGAGAUCCAUCUGAUCCUAACACUGAUGCUGGGACCUCCACCAUGCUCCACCAAGCCUUUCACCUGGGAGUACUACGACAAGGACGGCAAGUUCUGCACUGUCCGUACGCGACCUACUGCUUUUGCAAAUGAACUCUCAGACAACAAGACCGUACGAGCACUGUCCGGAACUGACGUGCAUUCACUCUUCUCGCUCGUAAACGACCCGCGCAACCCUUACAACCGUCUGCUCAGCGUAAAGCGACUCGGCAACGUCUGGAAAGGCCGGCCAGUGACCUACGUGAACGUUGACAUGAAGACGAUCAAAGAUGCCUGCAUUGCCAUGUUGAAGCGAGGUAUGCCAGUAUUCUUUGGCUCGGACGUGGGCAAGUACUCGGAUUCCACCAAGGGUAUUAUGGACACAGAUCUCUUCGAGUACGAGCUUGGCUUCAAUAUCAAGCUUGGCAUGUCAAAGGCGGAGCGUCUGCAAACCGGUGAAAGCCAAAUGACGCAUGCUAUGGUGCUUACGGCUGUACAUGUCGUUGACGGCAAGCCUGUGCGCUGGAGGGUGGAGAACUCGUGGAGUGAGCGUGCAGGUGACAAGGGCUACUUUGUCAUGAGUGAUGCUUGGAUGGAUGAGUUUGUGUACCAGGCGGUUGUUGAUCCUAGCGUUGUCAGUUCGUCGGUGAAGAAGGUGCUCGAGCAGAAGCCGAGGAUGCUGGAGUUGUGGGACCCCAUGGGCGCGUUGGCAUGA